GGGAUUAGUUUGCUGCAUUCAUGUCUUCAGCUUGAACAGGUUUGGAAUGGAAGAAAAUUCUGCUUCUCUGUUCAGUGCUACUUAUCAAGCUCACAGCAGAUGAGGUUUGACGAUCCUGACAUACCUCCUGAAAAGAGUGCUGCAGUCAAUGUGUGUUUGACUGAACCAUGUGAUAAUCCUAGUUCUCUUUCAAAUUAGUGCCUCAGAGGAGCUAUAUUUGAGGCUAACAUAGCAAACGGAUGCGCUGCUCAGAGUAAAGGUACAUAAAUGGAGCAGGGAAAAUGAGCAACGUCGGCCGUCAGUACUAAUCACCCAGGACUGUUAGCGACUAGCUGGAACUCAGCUGUGAGAUCCAACGGGUCAGAUCCACGUUGUUGUCUGGAGGGAGGAGCGGACUGGAGAACAACAGUGUCAGCUGGUACAGUUUGAGUGAGGAGUAAUGAUCCUACCCCGUUCACGGUUGUCUUCUGUUUUGUGCGGAGCUUUAUUAGCAUCAGAAGAGAGCUGUCCUACAGACUUCAGGAUGAUGGGGAGCAGAUAACCUCUACUUUUUGACAUUUCUUCAACCUAAGUGAGCCCACCUUCCCUUUUUCUGAAAGCCGAGUCAUUUUACCUCUCAUUCAAUGAGUUCUUCAGGAUUUCAUGGAUUGCAGGAACUCCAGAGAAACAUCAUGCAAGUUUGUUUUAACUUGGCCUUCUGUUCUCCUGAUGCACUCCUGACAAAUAAUAAAAAAGAAUGAAAUGAAAACCAUGUGAGCAGAAAUAUUAUCCCUGUUUGUAUAGUAUUGUAACCUUGGGUUGUUGAACUUCCAUUCUGUUAUCAGAGAUUCCCUACCAACACCAUUCAUUUUGUCUGGUUUGUAGGCCAUGGUUCGCAAAAAAAGUUCUUUCAUAUUAUGUGGUGCUUUCCUGUUUGUUGCCUGGAAUGUGUUGCUUCUGCUUUAUCUUUGGGGUCGACCUCCCAUUGGCCGCCUUGGAGAUGGUGGAGGAGUCGAACCAGGGGGGAAAGAAGAGUGGGGUGCUGGAAGGGGUAAAAUGGGCCAAGUCAACCUUGCAGAAGAGAUGAUUCGGCUGGCAGAAGAAGUUGAAGUUCAUCUUGAUACCCAGAAAAAGCUACUGAAGCAGAUUGAAAUUCACAGAGAAGUGUGGGCUCGGCAGAAGGAUCUUGGGAAAAGGGAAACUGGUUCUAAUAUCAAAGAAGCAGGAGACCAACAGCAGCCUCAGAAAACUCUAAGACCUCUCAGAAACAGUGUGGAUGCUGGGGACCAAACUAAUACACAAAGGCCUGUUCAUAAGGUAGCACCAAGCUUACCUUUAGAAGAGCCUAGUGAGAAAAUCAGAAACAUUAAAGUGACAACUCCCAUUCCCAGCCCAGAAUUCAUUAUUCCUAUCCUGGUUAUUGCUUGUGACAGAGUCACAGUGAAGCGGAGCCUUGACCGACUCAUAUCGUACCGUCCUUCUACAGAACUAUAUCCAAUCAUUGUUAGUCAAGACUGCGGCCAUGCAGACACAGCUCGUGUGAUUGGUUCAUAUGGAGAGCAAGUGACACAUAUAAAACAGCCAGACCUUGCUGACAUCAAGGUCAGGCCAGAGCACAGGAAAUUCCAGGGCUACUACAAAAUUGCCAGACAUUAUCGAUGGGCACUCAACCAAGUUUUCAACACCUUUUCCCAGUCUACAGUGGUCAUAGUCGAGGAUGACUUAGAGGUGGCACCAGACUUUUUUGAAUAUUUCCGGGCCUUGUAUCCCAUUUUACGCUCUGACCCCACCCUAUGGUGUGUUUCUGCUUGGAAUGAUAAUGGCAGAGACGCUUUGGUUGAUCCUUCGAAAGCUGAGCUCCUUUACAGAACAGACUUCUUUCCUGGUCUGGGCUGGAUGUUGCUGAAGGAGUUAUGGAAUGAACUAGAACCAAAAUGGCCUUCAGCCUUCUGGGAUGACUGGAUGCGUCAACCUGAACAGCGCAAAAACCGCUCCUGUAUAAGACCGGAAAUCUCCCGGACUAUUACCUUUGGCAGGAAAGGUGUCAGUUUAGGUCAAUUCUUUGACCAAUACCUGCGCUAUAUUAGGCUAAACACUGAGUUUGUGCCUUUCACCAAACAGGAUUUGUCUUUUUUGCUAAAGGAGAAGUAUGAUGAAAUCUUUGUUCAAGAGGUUUAUAGUGCCACAUUGGUGAAGAUUGAAGAUCUUCAGCAUGGGGGUAAUUUAAAAGGACCUGGACCGUACAGGGUGCAGUACUCCAGCAGAGAUAGUUUUAAAGUCUUUGCUAGAAAUUUGGGGGUGAUGGAUGACUUAAAAUCUGGAGUUCCUCGCACAGGUUACAGAGGCGUAGUCAGCUUCUUACAUCGUGGCCGAAGGGUCUUCUUAGCCCCACCGGAGGGCUGGACGCAGUAUGACAUCAGCUGGAGCUGAGAGUCACCCAAAGUGUACAGUAAAUUUUGCUAAAGACUAAUGCUCUCUGAGACCAAAGAAUAUUUGACACAUUGAGGGCAACGCAACACAAAUGGGACUGCUCAUCAAUGGAAUAAGGUCGUGGUGACCCUUUUUCAAUAAGGGAAAACCUUUAGGGGAAAAAAAACUAAAACGGUUUAAAAACACUUACUGGCCAUGUGCCUUGCUUUUUGGACCAUGUUCUUGUGUUCAGUUCUAAAUGAGAACAUCAGCAGGACUUACCAAUAUUAUUUGCAGUAGUUGCAGGUAGAAGGUAGAAGUCAGGCAUCCUCGAUGCCCUGACUUUCUUGAUGUCAGUGCAUCAAUCCUUGAUGUGGAAAGAGACACAAGAGGUAAACUCAAAGGUCAGCAUUUGAAAAAGGAGAAUAUCUGAAAUGACUUGUAUUUUCUUUGUUUUUUCUUUUGAAAAAAUUAUCCAAUUCAAACUCAGUUACUUCAGGAGUCCUUGACACUAACUAUAAUAACUAUAAUUGUAAAAAAAAAAAAAAGUUUUAUCUAAAAUCAAAUGGAAUAAGUCAGCAAGAUUUUAGAUUAUGCAAAAAAAAAAAAUCAAUGUUGAGCAAAGCUGUUUUUCCUUUUGAAGUCCAUUAGUUUACACAACUUGUAUCCAGAUAUAAAAGAAUGUGCUAAACAAGCAGUAACACUAAUCACAUCUAACAGCAGUAAAUUGGGACUGAAAAUAGUCAACAGGCCUACAUUGCACUCUUCUGGAAUUCUGCACAGGAGGCAAGCAGUACUUUAAAAUGUGACUAUUGAAAACACAAAGGCAUAGUCUUUGAUUAACAUGUCUGACCAAAAUUGUGUUAAUUUGCUCAGAUUCCAAUAUGAAAACAACACUGUAAUAUAAAGUAUCUGAUCCUAUUUUAGGCCUACACAUUCACUUAUUGAGCUAGUGAGUAGUUCCAAAUCUGAAGACCUAUUUUCCAAAUGGACAUUGUCUCAGCCUGUUGCCAGUUUCUACAGGAGACUGCUAAUAACCCCUUCAUUCAGAUCAGGUAUGUUGAAGCAGGAACAGAUCUGGAAGAUCCAGGACCAGGGGUCUUGUCUGCCCCUGAGAAUCAGCCCUGAUUCUUAGCACAAACUCCCAAACAUUUAUCAAAUGUUUCUCUGCUUCAACAAGCAUGAUUUUAAUUGGUGAUGGAUUAAGAAACUUCUUUAAGAUCUGAUGACAAGCUUCUUUUGUGUUGGAGCUGGGAAACUUAAAAAACAUGAAGGUUACUAAUGCGGUAACCUAAGCAGUAGUGUUGAGAACUACUGGAAUGGAUAUUUAUGCCAUAAAAAUUACAAGGAUUGUUUUUGGGUGGUUUGUUUAUGUAUUUUACUUGACCAGCAGCAAAUCGAAGGAUGUUCUUGGUGCAGUGAUAAUCUAUUUCAGACCAUUGAGAUGGAUAAUUAGGAAUUAGUUGUUGAAAUUAAAUACCAUAUUACAUCAGUCACUGGAUGAAUAAAUUAAAUGAGGUGCUGGAAAUAAGAUUUUUAGUGGAUGUCCUGAAUUAAGUUUUUAAAACUGCAAAUGAGACUGAACCGAGUUGGAUCAGAUCAUCCUGAUGAUGUAUGAUGAGGCCCUGGAAUGUGAUGAAUUUUAACAAUGACAUCUAAACUCUUCUUUUUGCUGUUUUAGGUUCCAUGUAAAUCCAACAAAUGUUAUGUUUGUCCUGCAGCAAACGGGAGAUUGUUAUCACUGUACUGUAAUUAACUUUGGGUUAUUAGAAUACCAUUUCUGUACGGUGAUGUGAAAAACCACUGCCGGAACUGUUUAUAACUUUAUUACAGAAUAAAUUAAAUCAAAUAUUUUGA